AUGCUCGGGGCGCAGACACGAGCCGCCGAAUAUCAUGCUGCAAAGAAAGCAUCAGCCAGACAAGCAAGCCGUGAAGCCGAAGAGCAGAAACUGCCUCCACCGACUGCUCCGAUCUCACUAAGUGCCUACACACGAUCUGCCCAACCUAGCCGCAACAAAGAUCCUGAGCAACAGCAAAAGGCCUUCGAAACGCCCAGUCGACGACGCUCAACCCCUGAGGACGGCAGCGGAUCAGUUUCGGAAUCGUCGUCGGUCACUAAACCACGCGUCAUGCUGCCGACUGUGAGCAACGUACCUUCAAUGCCGCGUAAUGUGCUCGUCCCUGGAGGUCCUCCGCCGCACUUCCAGCACAGCAACUUUGCUUUCCAAGCAGAUGGUUCCUUUCCACAGCACGGACUGCACUGGACUCAUAUGCCUAUGCCUCCUGCCCCGACCUAUCCUUUCGAGCACUAUGAUCAGCAGUAUCACCGACAACAGACUUUAGGUCAAAUUCACGCACCUUCACCAUUCGUACGCAACCAGCAGAACAGGCCUGUGUCGUGUAUGCCAGAGCUCAAUACCCGGUCGCCACGACCUGUCACACCGACUACACUCAUCGAGCGCUUCACCUUCGGCCCUGAUGAUAUGUCACCUGGUAAGUACGAGACCAAGUUGCACAUUCGUUCGCGACUUCCAUCGGACGAGCAGACAAGAAAAGAGCGCGAAUCUGGUUGGUCCGACGAAGGCGACUCCGAAGGACCGCUGAUGAAUCCGAUUCGAGUUCGCGAGCCGUCCUCCGACGAGACCGAUAUCUCGCCACUGAAGAGACAGAUCAUACUCGAAGGUGUGCCAGACGUACCGCCUACUGUACGGCCGCCCUUGAGACAGAGAUACGAAUCAGAAGAAUCUGCGGACGCUUCGUACCAGCAAGGACUUCUUCCGAACCCACUUCGCCGUUACACCGAUGCGGACAUGACUUCCGAUGGCCCGAUCGCAACUGCCCCAUGGAACAGAUCCACCGUUGACAAUAAUGCUAUGAUCGUUAACGCUUCGAGCCGCAGCCAGUAUGAACGAUAUUCCAAGAUGCAAAAGUUCGAAGCAGUACAACAGGUUCUGAGCAAGAAAGGCAAGACGGUGCUCAAUAACCCUGAGCGCAAGGUCGCUUCCGUGAACGUCCCAGCUUCGGCAACAUCCAUUCAUGAGAGUGGUCCAGGUCCGUCCAUGACGGAGGAUGAGGUUAAGAGCUUGCCCUGUGUCACUGAACCGAGUCUGCAAGCUCCUUCCGGUCUGCUCAAGCAUACUCAGGCCACUGAAGUCAUCUCUGACAGACCUGAGAGCACUGAACCUCGCCUUAGUCAGACCGAUGCUGAACUUCGAGAGUCCUUUGGGGUGAUGAGUGACGAUUGGUUCAAUCUCAGACCAGCGACACUGCAAGAUCGAAAGCAGAUGCAGGCUGCUUUCAAAUAUGUCCGAGAUAAAGACGCACGUAUCGGACUGCGGCUAUUGCAGAACCCAACGUUUCGAAACGAGCGUCUCAAAGCUCUGGAAUGGUUUAGCAACCGCGACUCCCGAGAGAUCCAAACGGCUCGUCAACAAGUUGACCCAUCCGCCAAAAACCAUUCGGUCCAUAUUUACGCAGAUACCGAAAGUCGCAUUCCUGGCGACUCGCGUCUGGACAAUGCUGGAGGCGUCAUACACCUGGCGGGGGAUAUCCUUGCAAAAUACAAGGAGAAUAACAUGAAGUCAAGCACGGGUCCCGACUAUUACAAUCAUCGCAGCAAGUAG